GUCUCUUCCUCCCCGGGUGCUCGAACAAACUCCAUCAGCCCAUCUGACACCAGGCGUUCUCCACUCUCGGACCUGUAUUUGUCACCAGCAACAGCGGCCCCCUUAAAUCCACAGCAGGCAGCGGAAUUGGCAACUAGUAACCUGUCUUCACGCCACUCUCUGGCUCCCGUAGUCUUCGGGCCUCCGAACAGCGCCACCAACCCCAACGACAGCAGUAGCAACAACAACAACCCUUCAGACCGUUACUCAAAGUAUCGCACUCAGUCUGCCUCGCCCAUGCUCGAUAACGCUAAGGGAGGGACCAACUCCGGUGCGGUUAAUCCUAUAUCCUACGACGACUCUUGCUCCUGGGGUAUUCCACUACUCACCAACACUGCCACCACCACCACCGCCGCUGCAAGUGUUGGUUCUUUACCCGUCUCCCGUCAACAAACGCCCGUGUUCUGCCUCUCCAACAACGGCGCUGUCGCCUCCAGUCGAGGCGCCCCCGGCGCAGGACCGAAUUCUUCUUCUGCUUCGUCCGUUAGUCCUCUGAUGUAUCGACAGAAGAAAUUGUUGCCUCCGUCUGCCUAUGCUUCCACGCAACCGCGUCAGCAUCAACAGCAUCAACAGCAGCAGCAAUGCUACCCUUCUUCUAACAACACCGCGGUGGGUAGUCAGCGAUACUCCUGGAGCGGUUUUCCGCUGGCAUCUUCAUCCUCGACUUCAGCCAUGUCUGAAACCUCGAGCGGAGCCAUCGGCUCUUCAGUGAUCAUGACCUUCCCAUCGUCUGCUACACGUAGUUCUGGACGGAUCCUGCAACCAUAUAAUGGCACCGGAGCUGGGGGUGGUGGAGGGCAAGAUCUACGGCUGCCUCAGUGUCGCCGAAACUCAGUCCAGGUACCUGCGACUUUGGCCCAAUUUAACGCGACGCUCCAACGAGAAGCACAACUGACUCCACCUAUUCUCACCCCGGCAACCGCUGCGGAGCAAGGGAUUGAGCCACAAAGUAAGUAUCAAACCGGUGAAUUCUUAACACGUGUUCAGUGUCUGUGCUUAUUGCAAUUCUAUCUGCGGGACAGUGGGGUAGUAUUUGUGAUUCCAGAUCUUAUCUUGAUAGAUAUGCCCGUUCUUAGUCUUGGCUCUAAUGUUGUAGCGAAUAGUCCAAAUUUUGCCACUAUAUCUGCCUUUGCCGAGGGUGCCGAGGGUGGCAGUGACUUCUGCGUAAGUUGGGACAUGCACAGCGUCCACCUCACUCACUUUACCCACCCACAGUAUUGCGCUGUCAAGCUGAGUUGA